AUGGGCUCACCAAAUGGCUCAUUCCUUUCCUCUAUUCGCCUCAGCCUGGUCAUGGUUGCGCUGUGCCUUGCUGUAUUCCUGACCGGGAUGGACCAAACGGUUCUCGCGACAGUGACCCCGACACUGACGACCGAGUUCCACAGUAUUGACGAUAUGGGCUGGUGGACCGCCGCUUACCUGACCAUGCUCAGUGUAUUCCAGAUUCCAUAUGGCAAGCUCUACAGCCUGUUCUCAAUUAAGAUCAUCUAUCUAUCAGCAAUCGGCAUCUUUGAAUUAGGCUCCCUUGUAUGUGCCACCGCACCCAACUCCAUCGCCAUGAUUUUCGGUCGCGCGAUUGCCGGCGCUGGGGCGGCUGGUAUUUUUACCGGGGGGAUUAUGAUCACCACAAAGAUCAUCCCGCUCGAUCGCCGUGCGUCCUACCUUGGGAUCAUGUCGGCUGCCUUUGGCGUUGCUGCCAUUGUAGGACCAUUCGUCGGAGGCGCGUUUACAGACAGGUCUACAUGGCGAUGGUGCUUCUACAUCAACCUACCAUUAGGCGGGCUAAGUAUAUUGGUAUGUUUUUUGCUCGUGAAUACGCCGGUGGACUCCUCCAUUGCAUCACUGUCAUUCCAGGCUCGAGUCCGCCAGUUUGAUUUCUUUGGGAUGGUCAGCUUGAUGGGUGGUAUCGUUUGCUUGCUCCUUGCACUCCAGUGGGGCGGCACCCAAUACCCCUGGAAUAGUGGAAGGAUUAUUGCAUUAUUGGUGGUGGCAGUUCUCCUUAUGCUGUCUUUUGUUCUCCUUCAGAUAUUCGUUCCUGGGUCAAAAACCAUCCCCCGCAGUGUGUCGAAACAUGCGUCGGUGUGGCAUGCCGUAGGGUACGCGAUGUGUAUCACGGGAGGAAUCUACGUCGCCAUAGUCUACAUUCCAGUGUGGGUGCAGGCGGUGCAACACAAAUCAGCCCUGGGCUCCGGGGUUAUGCUGACUCCAUUGAUCGUGGGCUACGUCGUAUUCUCGGUGGUUGCGGGAGUCCUCACGUCCGGGUUGGGUUAUUACAACCCACCAAUGAUCCUGGGAACUAUCCUGGCAAGUGUUGGUGCUGGCCUAUUAUCGACCUUAUCAACGGAUACCUCCAACGGGCGCUUGAUUGGGUACCAGGCACUGUACGGCAUUGGUGUUGGGCUGGGGUUUGGCCAACCCAGCUACGUAGUGCAGACCGUGUUGUCCGAGGCAGAUAUCCCGAUUGGAGUGACAUUAGUUACCCUUGUCCAGCACUUGAGCUCGGCUAUCUUUGUCGCCGUUGCCCAGGGUGUCUUCCAGAAUACCCUUGCACAUACGGUGCGGUCGCUGGCGCCAGGCGUUGACCCUUCGAAACUAGCAAAGCUCGGCGCGACGCAACUGAGUCAGUUCGUCAACGAGCAAGACAUGCCACACGUCUUGGAGGCGUACAGUACCGCAAUUGCGAGGACUCUCUACAUCCCAAUGGCCCUCAGCUGUGCAUCAGUGCUAGGAGCCUGUCUGACACCAUGGAUUUCCAUGAAAAAAGCCGAGCCACAACAAACGGACAAGCAGCCGAGGGGAGAAGAGCCGAUAAGUGGUGGGCCGCAGGAAAAGGGCCGUGACACAUUAGGGGUCCACGAGGCCUAG